AUGUUAUACAGCAAGUACGACAGUCAGAAGAGGUUGCUAAACAGAUUAGCCUCCAAGCUAGCGGUCCCCAGCCGGAGAUGCAAGUGGCAAGCGUUUCUGCAGGAGGACGUCGCAAAGUACUACACAAAAAGCACACCCCACACACUGAAAGAGAGUCCCCAGACUGCGGUAGAAGCAGUGUACGCACCUGGCAAGACCUUGGCAGUGGCAGACGCGCUGUCCAGGGGUCCACUGGAACAGACCGGAGACGAGCACCUUGAAGAGGACGUGACCGUGCACAUCGGAGCAGUCCUCAGCCACUUACCAGCCACCCCCCGGAAACUACAGCAGAUAAGAGACCACACUAUCCAAGACCCCGAGUUACAGUUAGUGAAACAGCUCACUCAGACGGGUUGGUCAGAGUAUGAAAGACGGGUCCCGGAGGAUAGGAAGGAGAUGCGCUCUGCGGAUGCUGCGGCUAAGCUGAAACAAGCAUUCUACUACAAUCGCAGGAAUGGUGUUCGACACUUACCACCACUGGACCCUGGAGAAGGGGUCCUGAUGAAGUUGGACAAUGAGAAACAAUGGACUACACAAGGAACGGUACAAGGUAACUGUUCUACCCCUAGGUCAUACGUUGUGGUAACGCCGGAGGGAGGUUGUUACAGACGUAACCGCCGUCACCUAUUGCGACUGCCCGCUGCUUCUAAGAAUCCAAACCCCAGCGGGUCACCGGAUGAUCCUCUGCCCGUGAGCAGCGAUGUCGGCAGUAAGAGUGUCGAGUCAUUACCACCAAAGACAGGGACGGUUACAAUCACUCGUUCAGGCCGAAGACGGGGAAUGGUUGCGGCGGAUGUGAGUGACGACGGUAUUGACAGCGAGCAGAGCUUUACCUGGAGCCAGCCUCGAGACCAUCCAUUCUGUGUAAUCAUCCAUCAGGACCCGAGCGCUGUCCACGGGUUCAGCGCCGAACCCAUGAUCAAAGGCUCCUGUCUGAUCUGA